UGAUUUGCUCCCCCUUAACCCUAGCUUGAGUUUAAAUGUAAAUUGGUUUUGGUAAAUGCCAUCACCUAAAUGGUAACUUCUCUUGCCUUUUUUCUUAUUCCUUAAGGUUUCCCAAAGCCGGUGACCAGCGAAGAAAAUGGGAAGUCGCUCUUAAAAGACAGGGUUUUGCUGCCAAUGACGAUACCAUGCUCUGCAGUAAACAUUUCAAGCCAGAGCAUUUUGACCGGACUGGUCAAACUGUCAGGAUCAGACUUGGUGUUGUUCCAUCCAUCUUUGCCUUCCCCGCUCAUCUUCUAAAAUCAACAGCCAGCACUGACCGGACCACCUCGAAUUCAAGGCGAGCCAAGGAGAGCCUUCCAAUGGACAUCCCUCAAUAUGCCCCUGUUGAACCUGCAGCUCUGCCUCAGUCUCAGCUUGUUGACCACACUUAUGCUCUGUCUAGUUGCCCUUUUGCUCUUAAGGAGGGGUACAUUAAAGCAAAGGACAAUGUAAGCAGACUGCAGAGGGAAAAGACGAAUACAAGGAAGCGUGAAUUGAGGGCAAAGAGUUCCUUGCAGGAUGUGCUGAUGGAGCUGAGGGAGAAAAACUUGAUGACUGAAGAACUAAGUCAGAGGGUUGGAUUGUAUGCAGAUCUCCCACUGCACCUUUUCGAGAAAAAGGCCAGUGAAUACAGCAAAGAACAUUACACCUGCAUGGACCCAAGGCAUACCGCUACCUCAGAAGCACGCUGCAACUUCCUCUCCCUCAUCCACGCUCAUUGCAAAGGUGAUGAGGUAUUUGUCAUAAUGGAUGCUUGCCACAUGCUCAAGCUCGCACGCAAUAUGCUUGAGUCAUACCGGACUAUCAACAGUGGCAGUGGCAGGAUCGAGUGGAAGCACAUUGUUGAGCUCAACAAUGUUCAAAAAAAGGCAGGGCUGCAUGCAGCCAACAAACUGACAGAUACUCAUGUCAGUUUCAACAACCAAAAAAUGAAGGUUUUCCUGGCUGCACAGACAUUAAGCAACUCGGUUGCAGUGGCCCUCCGGACACUGAAAGAUCUUGGCUACGAACAAUUUAAUGACUGUGAAGCCACAGUGGAAUUCCUUCAGGAGGCUGGAAUAACAACCCAACUGCUGGACAGUUCCAGGGUAUCUUCCGCAAGCUCAUGCAUAGAUGUGGUGUCAAGCCUGUGGAUUCUGGCAAUGUGAGAGGACAGGAUGCCACUGUCACCCUGUCAGCUGAGCACUACACCAGAGUCUCCCUUUCCGCUGCUGAGAUGUCCUCUGCAGAUGCCGCCACUGCUGAAGAGCUGGUUUCUCCAUUCCUGAA